GGUUGUUUCGUCCUCCUCUUCGCAUUAGCGCGGCCAGAGAGAGAUGCGGGUGGGAGUUGGGAUACCUCGGAGGCGGCGACGACAGGAUCGCAGUGGUCAGUAGCCGGGUCGGCCGGUGGCCGCAGAUUCUCACCAGCAGCGCCAUCCCUCGCCGUCGCCCGGCGCUCCAGCCCAGGUACGGCCAGCCUCCACCCUCUCUCCCUCCCCCUGCCCUGAUCCGUACACGAGCCUGGAACCAGCGCCCUGGCGCUCACAUGAACCCCGUCUCGCCGUCGUCCCACCCCAUUGUAUUUUCGGCCCUGUUUUGUUUCAAUCGCUUCGCUCUGUUUUAGUUAGGUAGUCAUAUUUCUGAUUUUUCUUUUGCCUCGGUUGUUUUUCGACUGUUAGGGCUAUUUUGACAACUUUAUUUUUUCACGUGCUUUUCAAUUUUCUAAAAAAAAAUAAACUAGUUUCUUCUACGGGACGUUAGGAUCCCUUUAUUUUAGAGAAAUUGUAAUUCACUUAAUAAAGUAACUUAUUUAGUUUGAAAUUUAAUAUUCUACCAUUUUACAAAGUUCACAUAUAAGUCUAUCUCAAAUUUAUGAGAUGAUUCCUGAGAUGGAGGAUAAGAAAUGCUUUUACGUAUGAGUAGAAUUUGUUUCUACUCUAUAACUUACAUAUCAAACUAGCCCUUAUGUUUUAUUUUCUUUUCCUAGAGAGAGAAAGCAAAACUAGUACUCCGAGAGAGAGAGAGAGAGAGUAGUCUAGUUUGAAUCAUAAGCCGGUUGUGUCGAGAGAGAGUGAGUUGAGACAUCGGACGAGUCUGCUGCUGGCCUCGUCCGCCGGAUAUUCAGAGAUCUCCGGCCGGUAUCUAUUCAUCCAGCUGUCGCUGAGUUGUGCGACACCUUCAAUCUCUUGCUGCCACGUGUGCAUGUAGAGUAGCAGUGUUUAUCUCAAAAUAGUUAUUAUUUUCAUUUUAUCUUCGAUAGCAAUCUUAGUGAGAGUCUAUGUAUUAUAGGACGGAGAGAAAGCAGAGUGUUUAGAUCUAUAUAUGACAGAGUACUUUUGUCGCGGUUUUCUCCAUGCUGUCACGUACGAGUGUUGUUUCAGUUAUUGAUAAAGUUCGGACCUUAAGAAUAGGAACCGAUUGGUUCCUAAAAAUUGGUUUUUAGAACUGGGGGAUUUUAGGAAUGAUUGACUUUCUCUCUCUGUCUAGGUUAGUUCCGAUUAUUUCGGUUCGGUCCCACGCUGCCAGCACACCCCCUUCCUCGCCAGCUCCAAAGCCGUUCCAUCUUAUCCAUUACUGUAGUACGUUAAAUUAAACAGCCAGAUGUUGAUCUGCCAUCAUCGGGCAAAUCACCGAAUACAGAUGUAAAUAACAGAUCCCGUCAUGUAAAGAUUCUUGAUUCCACGAUGUGUCAUUCGACGACCGUACUAUUUUUUAUUCUUUUCAACGUAACACCAGUAGUGUUUUGAUACACAGAUAGCGUCUUCUCUAGCUAGUACGCCGUUCGGAGCGUAAAAUAUCCACCUCAUGGUGCUUGCUCAUCUAUGCAUGCGUAUAGAUAAAUGGACUGGGGUUCUAGUCGUGUGUGUGUAUAUAAUAUCAAUAAUUGUGCACGUGAUCUGGCCCACGUCAGUUGCACAAGCUAAAAGCAACGAAGACCAUUAGUCAAUUGCACAAUCUAAAGCAACAAAGAAAGUAGCGGUGUAUGUAUAUAUAAUCAUGAAUUGGCUGUAAGAUUCCCUUCGCACCAUCGACGUAUAGUACUCUCUCUCUCUCUUCCUAAAUAAAUUAAUUUCUAGAGUCAUUCUUAAACCGAGCCUUUUGCAGUUACAACUUAAUUUAUAAAAAAGCAUGGGCGCACAAUAUACUUAUUUAGUGUCACAUAUAUUUAUAUUUUUUCCUAUAAAUUUGGUCUAACAUAAAAAAUAUCGACUUAAGACGACUCUAGAAAUUGGUUUGUUCAUGUAGUAGUGUGACUUUUAUUUCUUUAUUAUUAUUAUUAUAUUAUAAGUAAAUACAUAGUUUUUUUUGUUUUCUUGGACGGCCCUGCUCCUUCCAGGAAUAAUACAUUCCAAGUUAUAACGUAUGGUCCAACGAGGCACGGUUUUUUAAAUUGUUAGCUAAAUCAUUAACUUUAAAUAUUUUAAAGUUUGAACCGGUAUCAAAUUAAAAAGAAAAGUGCUAUUCAGUUUUCUUGGAAUAUCCAGCCCUUGGCCUUUGACCAGUAGCCCAGUAUAGGUAGGUCAGUUUCUACCUCGAUUCGCCAUCCACCAAAGACAUCUCCGUCAUGGGCCCGUCGCGUGAGGCGCCACCCGAUGUUGAUCCGGAUCCGGCGUUGCGUCAGGUCGUUUGGCUGUUCUAGGGCAUGUAUAAGUAUAACCCGCAAAAUUCUUGAUAAAUACUGCCUAUGUUCAUCAACUAGUUCAUUUUUAAACUAAACAGUGACAAAAAAAAUAGAACAGAUGGAGUAAGAUAUAAAAGACUUGAUGUAUUGUGUUGUAUAAACGAGUUUCUUAGGUGUAUCUAGUGCUUGAAGAACCGCAAACAUAGUAUCUAGGUUGUACAUGUCCUUAGAGGUGUUUGUUUAUCCUAACUAAAUUUAGUUCGUGUCACAUUAAAUGUUUAAUAUUGUUUAUAUUUAUUAAAGGCAUAAUUAGAUUUAAUAAACUUGUCUCGGCUUUUAGUCUUCAUAUAUGAAGUUGAUUUUAUAAUCAAGCUAUAAUUUAUUUAACUAUUUUUUAAACAUUAGAUACGGUAGAGACUAAAUUUUACUUCCUCCGUCUCAAAAUACAAUACGUUCUAGACUAACCAUAGAUUCAUUAAGAAACAUGUGAAUGCAGUUUGCGUGUAUAUCUAUGUUUUCAUUAACAUUUGAAUGAAUGUGGACGAGAUAAAAGUGGGUUAGAAAAAAAAACUAUAUUUUGGAACGGAAAGAGUAGUUAGGUCGGAUGGACCAAACACAACCUUAGGGCUUACUUCGUUUUGUUGGUAAUUCAUGUGGAUUGAUUGAGAUUGAGUCGGUUUAAAUCUAUAGCAAAUUAAAAUACAUCUCAAUUCUACCUAAUACACUCCAAGUCGUUAGAAUGAGAAGAGACUUUUCCAAGAGAAUACAUUGCAGCGGGGUCGCAGUCCAUCGAGUCCAUCGUUUUCUCAAGGCACGCGGAUUCUGCCCACGUCGCCGUCGCAAGUCGGAACGAGCCAGCACAACACCGCGUUGCUUGUCGACUUCAAUCGAGCGUGGCCGUCAUCGUUGCGUGAGCCUAUUAUCCAUGAUCCAUGCGUUUGCAGCGGUAGUUGACCGGUUGCUGUAUAGGAAACCCGAUUGGGCUAACACCAGACGUCUCCGCGUUCUCAUAUACGUACAGAGAAAUCCAGGUUUUUUUUAGCUCACAACAGCGUGUGACCUACGCGGAUCAUAUCAGACAAUUCGUACUACAGCACUCGGGAAAGCUGCAGAUGGGCUAGUACACACCUUGCAUCCGCUGGUUUCCGUGCAUUUUGAAUUAAAAAAGAGAGAGAGAAGAAUUAAACCUGUGCCUGUCUGAACGGCGACACAGUAGAGCACAUUCGUGUCGUGUCGUGUAGUGUAUCUCUGCUAGUGAGGAGUUCAGCAGAGCCCUUGCCAAGAACAUGCGAUUGUUUGAUAGGAAUUGCAAAAAUUAAAUGCCGAAGGUGCAUUUGAUAAGAAACCAAGUGUAUUACGUUAUAAACAUCAGGGAUCAGAAAAACCUACAAUUCAUAUCUCUCGCAUACUCUCUUCUUUCUUCUUCUAUCUCAGCCGCCGAUUGACCGCCCUACCCGACGGCGUAGUUGACACCAUAGCCACACGACACCAGCUGGGUCAAGGGGUCCAAGCCUGCGCUGCGCGGCCAAGCUUUUGCCCAGACCAUCAUUGCUCCUCUCAUCUUUAGUUGGGGAAGUGGGAAAGUGGCAAUCAUACGGACCCAUCAAAAGAGGCCCCUUCAUCUUUGGUGGCCUAGCUGGAUUGGAUAUUUGGACGAGUGUUCUUCUUGGCUUGGCCACCCGCCUACUCCGUCUUCUUCAUACGAGACAAGCCGUGCGCUUCUUCUUGGCCUAGCCCUUCGAGCAGGUGCGUGCGAGCGGCCUCCUCGCCUUCAUGAUUCCGUCCUCGCAUCGCAUGGCCUUCUGCGUCAGCAGAUGCCUGACGGUUCACUUUGGGCACUAAUGGUUGCUGCUGUCUAGUCACUGAAACUCUACUUUGCGUCUACUACUCAUGCAAGAAGAAUCGUUCACACGCUGAAGAACAAGAAUCGGUGUGUAUUUGCAGGGCAGGAGAGGAGGCCACUCUGACUGUCACUCUGAGCUUCGCGUCACCUGAGUACUGACGGACGACAUGGGAGAAGUUGAGGACAUGUACACCCAAGACGGGACCGUGGACAUGAAAGGGAAUCCCGCCGUGAAGAAGGGCACCGGCAACUGGCGCGCCUGCCCCUACAUCCUCGCGAACGAGUGCUGCGAGAGGCUGGCUUACUAUGGCAUGAGCACCAACCUGGUGAACUACAUGAAGACCCGACUUGGCCAGGUGAACUCCGUUGCCUCCAACAACGUCACCAACUGGCAAGGGACGUGCUACAUCACGCCGCUCAUCGGCGCCUUCUUCGCCGACGCGUACAUGGGGAGGUUCUGGACCAUCGCCAUCUUCAUGAUCAUCUACAUUUUCGGCCUGGCGCUGCUGACGAUGGCUUCGUCGGUGAAGGGGCUGGUGCCUACGUCGUGCGGCGACAAGGAUGUGUGCCACCCGACGGACGCGCAGGCGGCGGUGGUGUUCGUGGCGCUGUACCUCAUCGCGCUGGGCACGGGCGGGAUCAAGCCGUGCGUGUCCUCCUUCGGCGCCGACCAGUUCGACGAGAACGACGAGCGGGAGAAGAAGAGCAAGAGCUCCUUCUUCAACUGGUUCUACUUCUCCAUCAACAUCGGCGCGCUGGUGGCGUCCACAGUGCUGGUGUACGUGCAGACGCACGUGGGCUGGGGCUGGGGCUUCGGCAUCCCCGCCGUGGUCAUGGCCAUCGCCGUCGGCAGCUUCUUCGUGGGCACGCCGCUGUACAGGCACCAGAAGCCCGGGGGCAGCCCGCUGACGCGCAUCGCGCAGGUGCUCGUCGCGUGCGCGCGCAAGUGGAACGUGGCCGUGCCCGCGGACAAGUCGCGGCUGCACGAGACGGUGGACGGGGAGUCCGUCAUCGAGGGGAGCCGCAAGCUGGAGCACUCGGAGCAGCUGGCGUGCCUCGACAGGGCUGCCGUGGUGACGGCCGAGGACGGCGCGGAGGCGAGCCCGUGGCGCCUGUGCUCGGUGACGCAGGUGGAGGAGCUCAAGAGCGUGAUCCGGCUGCUGCCCAUCUGGGCCAGCGGGAUCGUGUUCGCGGCGGUGUACUCGCAGAUGAGCACCAUGUUCGUGCUGCAGGGUAACACGCUGGACCAGAGCAUGGGGCCCCGGUUCAAGAUCCCCUCGGCGACGCUGUCCAUGGUGGACACCAUCAGCGUCAUCGUCUGGGUCCCCGUGUACGACCGCGCCAUCGUGCCCCUGGUGCGCUCCUACACCGGGAGGCCGCGCGGGUUCACGCAGCUGCAGCGCAUGGGCAUCGGCCUCGUCGUCUCCAUCUUCUCCAUGGUGGCGGCGGGCGUGCUGGACAUCGUGCGGCUGCGCGCCAUCGCGCGGCACGGCCUGUACGGCGAGGACGACAUCGUGCCCAUCUCCAUCUUCUGGCAGAUACCGCAGUACUUCAUCAUCGGGUGCGCGGAGGUGUUCACCUUCGUGGGGCAGCUGGAGUUCUUCUACGACCAGGCGCCCGACGCCAUGAGGAGCAUGUGCUCCGCGCUGUCGCUCACCACCGUCGCGCUCGGCAACUACCUCAGCACGGUCCUGGUGACCAUCGUCACCCACAUCACCACCAGGCACGGCCGCAUCGGGUGGAUCCCGGAGAACCUCAACCGCGGCCACCUCGACUACUUCUUCUGGCUGCUCGCCGUGCUCAGCCUUCUCAACUUCCUUGCCUACCUCGUCAUCGCCAGCUGGUACAAGUACAAGAAGACGGCCGAUGAUUACCCUGGCGCCAAAGGGGAGCACGGUACAGAGCACUGAUGGGCGAGAGAUGGCGGAAAUUGAGUGAUUUCUAUGUGUGGUUAGCUGUCUGCCUGUCUGUCGACUUGUUUUGCCACAGUUUGGGUGCUUAAACGUUAACGUACGUACUAGUUCAAUAUAGUGUCUCGGGGGCGAAUUGGUUGUUUACAUGUCAUGUGUUUAUAUAUGCGCAAUGUUCGAUCUUAGUGGAAUAAGUCAAGUGCUCUUAUGAAUCAA